CCAGGGCUUCAGUAUAGCUACAUCUCUCAGGAGUGGGAAUGUUGCCCAUGGAAUCCCUGAGGCUACCAACAAAGCUCAUGCCAAUUUUGACUCCACUGAUAGUUUUAUAAUAUGGGCACCUAUUCCCACCAGGAACUAGACUCUGAGUCAUUCCAUACAGCCACAUCAGUCUCCUCUUGAGUCACCUUUAACAAGAUACUCCUGAAGGGUUCAACAGAGAAGAUGCAGAGGGUAUUUUCCUCCAGGAUGUCUUCAGGAGCAUCUAGAAUUUCUGAAGAAAAUCUCGAUGACAACCUUGAAAUAUCAAAGCAUCUGAAGAGGAUACUGGUGGACAAGUUUGUCCCUGACUUGAAUGCUGAAGAUUUGAUGAUGAUCAAGCAGGCCGUGGUUUAUCUUGAGAGGAACAAAGAAAGUAUCGGUGACUUUCUGAAGCAGUUUCCUGAGCAAAGAAACAAGGUGGAAAGCUGCAUACGAUGCCUUGAGGAAAUGGUAGACAACACGGAUGAAGUCCAUAAGAAAUGUGCCACAAUAAGGACUGCAGCAAACACCAUGGGUUUUAUUUCAAGCAUUUUUCAUCUAGUAAAAGAUGGUGGCCGUCUCUUUGUUGGUUUGGAGGUAUUAGGUGAUGUUGCAAAUAUUUCCAGAGUUAUAUACAAAAUUCUUUACCACUUCCAGAUAAAGGCUAAAGUUGAGGAGUUGCUAAAGCAAUAUGAAAACGGCCUGAAUUAUCUGAAAAUUUCUAAUGAAGAGGAUUGUGAAUUAGAAGCUUUUCAGAAGACUCUGACCUUCCGCAGCUACUGGAAUGAUUUCAUGUCUGCUGCGGGUUCAGCUCAAGGAUUACAUAGAAACAUUACAAAGUUAAACAAAUCAACUCAACAAAAAGCUAACCCUAGUUCAGGGUCAGAAGGAAGCAGCAGCCCUAGCACAACUAGACCGUCUAAGGCAAUGGAAAGUGACUCAGCUGAAACACCACCUGCUGCAUCCAAAGGAAACUGGCAGAAGGAUGUUGCAAUAGCAACACUAGGCAUCAUAGAAAAAGCCUAUGAUAUAAGGAAAAGCUUCACACAUGUAGCUGAGGGAGGUAAGGGAGAGACUGGAGCUGAAAUAAGAAAAAUAGCUGAGAAGCUGAAAAUGAAACUUGAGGCGAUCAGUUUGCUGUAUACAACGUAUAUGGAGUUGAUAGAUAUGGCAAAUUAGCAAACUUUUAAGUAUAAACAUCGUGUUCAAGGCAUACACACGGAGACGUUAGAUAAAAAACAAAUACUCUUCCUAGAAGGCUGCAACAUACAGGGCUGACUCUAGGUUUUUUGCUGCCCCCCGCCCCCCUGCACUUUUUUUUGGCUUUUACACGUUUGCACUUUGCAGUUUUGU